AUGAACCUUGUCUUAGAUCUCCUCCUGCUUCUUGCCACCAUCAUUUAUUCCUACUUGGAGUCCUUGGUGAAGAUUUUCAUUCCAAAGAGGAAAAAAUCUGUAGCUGGAGAGAUUGUUCUCAUUACAGGAGCCGGGCAUGGGACAGGAAGAAUGAUUGCCUAUGAAUUUGCAAAACAGAAGAACAAACUGGUUCUGUGGGAUAUUAAUAAGCACGGUGUUGAGGAAACUGCAGCAAAAUGUAGAAAACUAGGAGCCACUGCGUAUGCUUUUGCAGUAGACUGCAGUAACCAAGAAGAGAUCUAUAAGUCUGUAAACCAGGUGAAGAAAGAGGUGGGUAAUGUAACCAUUGUGGUGAAUAAUGCUGGGGUAAUAUAUCCAGCUGAUCUUCUUAGUACCAAGGAUGAAGAGAUUACCAAAACAUUUAAGGUCAACAUCCUAGGCCAUUUUUGGAUCACAAAAGCACUUCUUCCAUCAAUGAUGAAGACAAAUCAUGGCCACAUUGUCACAGUGGCUUCAGUGGCCGGCCAUAUGGGGUUUACUUAUGCUAUUCCAUAUUGUUCCAGCAAAUUUGGCGUUGGCUUCCACAGAGCUCUGACGUUAGAACUUGAAGCCCUGGGAAAAACUGGUAUUAAAACCUCAUGUCUCUGCCCAGCUUUUGUGAAUACUGGAUUCACCAAAAACCCAAGCACAAGACUAUGGCCUCUAUUGGAGCCAGAAGAAGUUGCAAGAACCUUGAUAAAUGGAAUACUCAUCAAUAAGAAAAUGAUUUUUGUCCCAUCGUAUAUCAGUACCUCUCUAAUACUAGAGAAAUUUCUUCCUGAACGUGCCUUGGCAGCUAUAAAUCAUGUACAAAAUACUCAGUUUGAAGCAACAGUUGGCCACAAAACCAAAAUGAAAUGA